UUUCAUUAAAAUUCAUCAUGAAUCAUUCUAAUUUUAAUUUUUAUGAUGCUUUUGAUUUUGAUGAUGACACUCCUGUGUUGGCUUUUCAAGUUGCUACUGCUGUAGUUGCUGAAGAAGAAUCGAAUAUUCAAGGACGGAGAACAAGGUAUCGUGGCUCUAUUCCUGGUCACAACAUUGUCAAUCGUAAUAGAAAGGAAGAUCUUACUGAUGAAUAUCUUCGAAUUGGAGAAACCACUGCAAUAGAAAGUCUUAGAGCUUUCGCCAAAGCAAUCGUAGAAGUUUUUGGUGAUUGCUAUCUAAGGGCACCAAACGAGGCUGAUAUUUGUCGAUUAUUAUCAAUUGGAGAGCAGCGUGGGUUUCCAGGGAUGUUAGGGAGCAUUGACUGUAUGCAUUGGAAAUGGGAGAAAUGCCCAAUUGCAUGGCAUGGGAUGUAUACUGGUCAUUGUCGUGAACCAACUAUAAUUCUAGAGGCAGUGGCUUCACAAGAUCUUUGGAUAUGGCAUGCCUUUUUUGGAAUGCCUGGAUCAUUAAAUGAUAUUAAUGUUCUUGAUCGGUCACCUAUUUUUGCUGCACUUGCUGAAGGUCGUACUGCUCCUGUCAAUUAUACAAUUAAUGGGCAUGAAUAUACAAUGGGAUACUAUUUAGCAGAUGGGAUUUAUCCUAAUUGGUCAACCUUUGUUAAGACAAUCCCAAGACCAUUAGGAGCAAAGAGAAAAUAUUUUGCAAGCAAGCAAGAGUCUGCAAGAAAAGAUGUGGAGCGGGCAUUUGGGGUGCUCCAAUCUCGUUUUGCAAUUGUACGUGGACCUGUUCGAUACUGGGAUGAAGAAACACUUGCAUAUAUUAUGAAAGCUUGCAUAAUAAUGCAUAAUAUGAUUAUUGAGGAUGAAGGAGCAAUGAACCUUAGAUUUGACCAUGAACAUGAAGUCAAUUCCUUUAUAUCAGUGUCACGUUGUGAAAUACCAGAACUACAUGAUUUUCUUCAAACUCAUAAUCGAAUUAGGGAUAGAGCUACUAGCUCUCAACUACAAGAAGAUUUGAUUGAACAUUUGUGGGAACAAUAUGGCAACGAGUAGAAUCUUUAGAUUUUA